CAGGUAACGGGUGUCUUCGGUCAAUGACGGCACCUGUCUAAAACUCGAAGUAGGAAUUAGAGUUGUCGUAAAAUUUCAUUCCCAUGAGUCGAACUCAUCUUUCUAAUUAAUUCCUUAUUACGCGAGUGAUACUCUAUACAAAUUAAAAAUGAGAUACAUAAUAGGCUCCACCUUCGCGGGUCUCUCCACAGCGACGAUACUUAUCUUAGUUCUGUACCAUGUGUUUACGGGAAAAGGAGAACGAGUCAGCAUAGGAUGGUUUUUGGAAGAAACUUCGCCAUAUAUGUGGGCAACUUUAGGAAUCGGACUUGCUGUUGCCCUUUCAGUCGUCGGCGCUGCCUUAGGUAUACACACGACGGGCGUGUCUAUUGUCGGGGGUGGUGUAAAAGCCCCUCGCAUCAAGACAAAGAAUUUGAUCUCCGUAAUUUUCUGCGAGGCUGUGGCAAUUUACGGUCUGAUCACUGCCAUCGUUUUGUCUGGAAUGCUCGAGGAAUUCAAAGAUGACGUAGUGAUGAAAGACAUAAGUGUGAAGAAUCAAAAUUGGUUAGCUGGCUACCUUAUGUUUGGCGCCGGUAUCUCUGUGGGUUUCGUAAACCUUUUCUGUGGCAUCGCCGUCGGCAUUGUGGGUUCAGGAGCUGCUCUUUCUGAUGCAGCUAAUUCCGCCCUUUUUGUCAAGAUACUCAUCGUCGAAAUCUUUGGCUCUGCUAUCGGUCUUUUCGGAUUGAUAGUUGGAAUAUACAUGACUUCCAAAGUAAAAAUGGGAAACAAACUUAGCUAGAUUGUCUCCCUCAUUCCAGUUUCACGCGCAACAAUGUCAUAGUAUUAUUGUGUCCAUCUUGUCCCGAUUGACGUGAAGAAGUGGGUUAUUAUUUCAGUGAUUUAGUUCUGCAUAUUGUUGAACAACAUAGAGCGUUAAAGUAGUGAAUAAAAGCUCGUAUGCUAGGCGAUGAAUGAUAUAUAUUCCUUGAGGAUUUUGAGCCUAGAUUUUAAGAUUAAAGUGGCGCCCGUAUAAUCAGUAAAUGUAUACCAGUCAAGGAAAAGAGCUGCAUUUACUGAAUAGCAUUCAAGCACCGAUAUCGAUUUCAUUGCUUCCAAAUGAAUAUUUUCGCAAUUACGUUAAGAAAAACCCCUGAAUAUUCCCAGCAUUGGUCUGUAAUGUAACGAAUUGUACUCCCUUUUUCGUGAACCAUCAAACAGGUCGCAGUUCGUGGAUGUUAAUAUGUUUAGCAAUACUUACAGAGUCUCAUUGUUUCUUCUUUGUUAUAUUGUACAUAUUAAUCACUUCGCUGUAUUAAAGUUCUCUAUGGCAUUCUCCGUUUGGAGAAUUGCAAAUAAAAUGUGUAAAGGAA